GAUAACAUUGAAAUUGAAUGAAUAUUCAAUAUUUUUGAAAAAUCGAAUCUGAAAUACAGAGCAUCCCGAAAUCCCUUUCUCAGUUCCCGGUUUCUGCCGCCAAGAAACCAUUUUUCUUCACCGGAAUCGGAGAUAUCGCUCCGAGCGGUUCAUUUUCCGGCGAUUCCCCGGCAUUUUAACAGUAGCAACCAAAGCCCUUCUGCUCAAAUAGUCAAGAAUGUCACGUUUUCCGGUGAUUCCUUACGAUGAGCAGAGAUUAAUAGAAGAGGUUCACUACCUCCAUUCUUUAUGGCAUCAAGGUCCUCCCCAACCCAAUCUCCAUCCCCAAACCCCAGCGAGUCUACAACCCACUGGUUCUACUCAGUUCAAGAAACAAAAGAAGCAGAAAUCGAAAAGGCUGAAGGAAGCUUUAACAGACUCUGGUGUUGGGUGGGUUUUUCCAACUCCUGCUGAAUCGUCUCCGGUCACUGAAUCCGGCUGGCCAAGUUUCACUGCACAACAGAAUUCACAACCCCAUUUGCCCACUGCUGAAGAAUUGGCUAGUGUUGCUGGGAACCGGGCUCAGCAACAGGGGUUGAAGGCGGUAUCAGAGUAUUUGAAGUACUCAAUUGAUGAUGAUGAGGAGGAUAUGUAUGAGGAUGAAGAUGAGAAUGAUAUGGAAGUGGAAAAGGGGGAUAAAAAUUUGAACUUUUUCACAAAGUUGUUUGAGGAGGAUGGUAAAUUGAGAGAGUAUUAUGAGAAGAACAGUGAGAGUGGUGGGGGAUUUAGUUGUCUUGUGUGUAGUGCGGUUGGUAAGAAAGGGUGGAGUAAGAAGUUUAAGGAUUGUGUGGGUCUUGUUCAGCAUUCGAUUACUAUAUCGAACACGAGGCUGGCACAUAGGGCUUAUGGUCAGGUCAUUUGUCGAAUUCUUGGAUGGGAUAUGAAUAGGCUUCCAUCCAUUGUUCUGUCUGCAGGUGGUAAGCCUAGUGAAUCUUCUGAUAAACCGGUGGAGGCUCAGGAACCAUUGCCAGAUGUGAUAAGAAAACAAUGAUCUUUCAAUAGAGACAACAAUCGUCAGCGAGGAGAGUUGAAUGUUGAUGGACUUAUUAUUCAAGAAGUUUGAGAAUGCACCGUCAAACAGCUCAUGCUUUCGAGAUCUCCCGUUCUAGGAGAUCAUCUCCAUCAUGAUAAUGAUCAGUAUAUGAUUGAGGGAAUAACUGUAAGUUAGUGAAUAGUGAUAUUAGGCUUGUUUGUAAUCUCAUGCUCUCUCUUGGUAACUCGAACAAGUUUAACCUUCAAAUUACAACUGUCAGAUUACAAAAA